GUUGGCUGGCUGACACGGCAUUUCCCUCGACUCAAUUUGGGUUUGCAUUUCCUCAACACAAGAAACCAAGAUGAGCAACGAUACCUUGACGUGGUUGUUGACCAAGAACAACAACGCCUUUUUGGUGAAGGGUGUCCAACCCAACAACGACUUUUCGCGCUCCAAGUUCAACUUGAUGAACCGCCACUGCCGCAAGUACGACGGUUUGUCCGCCAACAAGGCCGUGGGCAUCUCGUUGAACGACAAGAAGGUCGUGUUGGCGACCAAGAUCGCCAAGAACGCCAAGUUCCCCGUCAAGAGCGUCAACACUGUCCCCUUGAACAAGGGUUUCCGCGCCAACGCAUACACGAUCCGCGCCGAAAUCUCCCGCAACUUUUACCGCGGUGACUUGAAGCGCGCCGCGCUUGCCCGAUGGACUCAACUGAACCGCGUCGCCAAGAUCGAAAAGGGCGUGCUCAAGAAGACUGUUGCCAAGACCAAGCGCAACCAAUUCAAGGCUUAAAGUGUGCUGGCCAUCUAAUCUUUGCAUCGGUUUCUUGAAAUGCAGCGAAUUCCACGCAUCUGUGUCUUGCUCCCCCUUUCUCGCUUCCGUGGUUGAGCGUAACUCUCGAAAUGCAAGUUUAGGAUUCGUA